UGAAGGCAAGUAAUCGUUAAUAAACGGCAUAGUCAUCCUUUGAAAGGCUUGUGCCCAGGGUAAUAAGCUUAAGAAAAAAAUGCUUGCCGUCCUCGCUUUCCCUCCCCGUUCAGCGUUGUGCCCGCGGGAUUUUGUAAAUGAUUACCUCUCUUAUCUUUGUGAAAGAGUAUACAGAUACUUCACUCUGUCCUGUCUUUCUUUUCACUCUUCUUGAAUUUUGCGCAGUAUGUAACUUGUUACUUGUUCAAUCACAGAUUAGCAGAUAUGGAUACUGCUCUGGUCCGAUCCUCCCAAGCACCCCCCCUCCCCGCCCCCUGCAUCUUCUGUGGUGAAUAAGACUUACCAUAAGCAUUAUUUAAUACAGGACAGGGAUGGGUGGAGAAGUAGUGAAGGAGAUGGAGGCUGGAAUGUGUUAUGUAAGAGGUAUGAUAAGAUGAUGGACGAUUCGAAUAGAUCUCAUCAACUGCUGCGUAGUCAUUCUAUGUACACUCCAUGGCAGUCUGCCUGACCAACUCUGUGCAGUGAAGGCUGCAGGUCAUGCCAGCCAACCAGGACAAAAAACGAGAUGAAGGGCUCCUCCAUUGUCUGCCUAUGAUUGCCCUCCGUAUGACACCGACCAAAUAGAAGCUUAACGGAAAGAUUGGUGGUGGAAUAUGGGUGAUCACCCCUUCUUCUCAGAAGAAACAGCUGGCUCUUGUUACUGAUUGGCUGACAUGAGCUCUAGUUGUCGCUGCACCACACGGAGUUGGCGAGACGAAGUGUAGGAAACUGGCUUUUUCUUUUAUCUCACUUUCUAGCUAUAAUUUUUUUCCCCAAUUAAUGGAAAGCAGUGUGUUUGACUAAGCAAAAUUAGUUGGCUGCUUUAUGUGACGUGUUUGUGUGAUGCAGUGUUUAUGUGUGAAAUGGUUUGGGUUGUGACUGCGUCUGUCUGUGCGUUAAUGACAGGAGGCAGAUCUGAGUGCUUUAAUUUGUUUGUCCUGUACCAGAACUCUGUGCAAGUUCUACUUGUACUGUGUGUAUGAUUUUUAACGUCUGUCCAUUCGUGCAUGUUUGUUUCAGUUAACUAAGUGUUGUAACCAGUGCUGUCUGGAGAGUGCAAAGUUAGCACCUUUCUUCUGACUCAUUGAACCUACUGCUACAAGCACGGCCAGGGCAGUGUUGUAAAAACUGUGCUGUAAUGUGAGACUAACGAUAGGAUGUGAACAAAUUCACAUCCUGCUCUCAGGGCUCAUUCGUACUGGUGACUCACAGACAUCGUGUGACAAAGCUCAUUGACAUCGUGUGUCAUCGCUGACAAGCUGAAGUACUUGCUAAUGGCCACUUUGGUCGAAAAGUGACUGUUUUGGUUUAGUUGCUCGCUGCUCCAUUUUCAGCCGUGCAUUGCAAAUCUACUGAACCAUCAAUGGUGCAGGAACAGGAUGUCCGUAUAUGCUGACGCUUAUUUUACGCACCGAUGGCAGUUCGAGCAGAUGUGAAUGGCAUCAAUCAUGACACAUUUUGACGUGGUGACUGGCAGGUAGCCAGUCACACAUCAAAGGCUGGUAUGAAAAUCGGUCGCCAUGUGUUGCCCCUUGGUUGCCAGUCAUGGCUGGUCGUGCGAUCCCUGUCUGUUGCUGGUAUGAAUACGCCCUUAGUCUUGUGUCUCAGCAUGUUAUUCUGAUAUGUGCAAGGAAAAACUGGACCAGCACAACAACCUGUUGGGCAGCCUUAUCUCUCCACAUUUAAAAAAAAAGAGAAAACUCUUUAGUCAUGCUUUUUACUUGUUCAAAUGCAGCUGAAGCAUCAUAUGAAUCUCGGAGCAUGGUACAUAUCUUUAGCAUACAGUUGUCUUAGCAGUUUUUUGGUCCCUUGGUCAGUGCUCAAAUUUGAAGCAGCAGAUAGUGCACUUUCUCAAGCAGAUGGUGCCUUUCUUGGCAGGGUAAUUUCACAAGAGAAGGUUUACAAAUUGUUUGGUAGACCCGUCUACCUUUGGUUAAAGUUCAACUGCAUAUUAGAUGAAUCAUUAUGAGUCACUUGAGCUCAGGAAAACUGUAGCAUGGUUUCUUUAAUAGCUAGAAGGGGCAGUGUUGAUGCAUUUGCAUAGACAUGCCAUUUGUUCACUCAGCUUAAUUAAAGGCCAAGUCUGAAUUAAUCAGUGUACCACAUCAUUUUAGUCAUCAGCACUUCUGUUGGUGCUAAAGCUGAAGUAUAUGUGAAGUGCUGUAAAACCCCUGUAAUGCUAUCACAGGAAUUAAACAUAAUAGCUGGAGACAUGCUGUUAGUUUUUUAUGGACCAGAUUUAAGUAACAUCAUAACUUUCAAAUUGUAUUUAGUAAGUAACGUCUUCGUUGUCGUCUGCCCUGUGUGUUUGAGAUUAGUCCUAUCGAGGGAGUUGUUUGACGACUCAUGCAGCCCCCUUCUCUCUCAGCAUGGCAGCAGCAGGUUCUGGCAGCCUCUCCGACAGACCCUUGGGGCACCAGCGGCACUGGCUAUGGCUCUGGCUUUGACCCUGUGCUGCCGCCAGCUGCUAACAGUGGCUCACGUGAGCCUCAAGACAGUGGGUCCAAGGCAGGCCGCCUGCAGUGCCAGUACUGUUCGAAGCGGUUUGCUUUCCGCAGCCAAUUGGUUCCGCACCAGCGAAUUCACACGGGCGAAAAGCCUUUCAAGUGUCCCUACUGCGGCAAGUGCUUUGCCUGGAAGCACAGCAUGGGCCUGCACAUGCGGAUUCACAUGGACUCAAUGCGAGCACCCGUGCGUGGAGUGGCGAUGCGCGCGUCCGUCGCACAGCCCUGGAGGUUCCCACCAGCAUUUUCUGAGCUGGUGAUGCCAGCGCAGCAGACAAAUAUUCCGCGAGCUCAAGUGGUUGACGAACCAACAUCUGGGGCAUUGCACCAAGAAGGGCAGAUGCUGCGGGGUCUGCUGGCAUCUGAGACAUCGUACCCUGAUCAGCAGCAGGCUCCAGGAGGAGGGGGAGGUCUGGAUGAACUGACGCCACUGUCGGAGUCCGAGGGGCCACAGACGCAGCAGCCCCUGCCGGCGGAGCCACUGCGUUCGGACGAGCUUCCAAAUGACCGGGCCGGGGGCAAGCCUCCGGUCGGCUGGUACCGGGUGCCCGGCGAUGGUCGGCCCAUGUACGAGUGCCAUUUCUGCCAGCGCAAGUUCGGCUGGAAGAGCAACCUGAUGGACCACCUGCGCACGCACACGGGAGAGAAGCCCUUCAAGUGCAGCAUGUGCCCCAUGGCGUUUGCGCUCAGCUCCACCAUGGUCAAGCACCUGCGCACCCACACGGGGGAGAAGCCGUUCAAGUGCUCGCUGUGCCCCAAGCGGUUUGCCCGCCAGGACCACCGGGCACUGCACAUGAAGACACACAGGGCAGACACCGGUGGCCGUUCGGGGACCAGCACUUCCAGCAAGCCAGAGAGUGACUAGGAAGGAUAGUCUGGCCAGGUGAACUGUUAAUUUGGGUGUGGCAGUUUCGGUGAAUGUCUCGUUUGUGCACUCGCCUUCCGCAACUUCUGAACUGCUCGUCGGAGGAGUCGUUUCUGUCAGAGAUGCUUUGUACAUGCCGUUCCAAGAUCAAGUUACCAAUGCAACUGCGAAGUGAGAAGGAUUGGUGAGAGAGUCUGCCUCGAAACAUUUGUUGAAAAAACAGAACUCUCGGUAUUUUGCUGUUGGUGUGCUUUGAAAUCAAACUACCUGGGAGAGACGUUUUGUGUUUACCUCAACUGUAACAUUCUCUCGCAUUGCAUGAUGCCCUUUUGAAAUACUAAGGGUUUGUUGAAGAGCAGUCAUUGUACAGGGUGGUUUACUCUCAUAUGAAAUGCUGUUGUUAGUUUUCACUUUCAAGUUGUUUCGGUUUAUUUUGGACAACCAUUGCCCAAGAAGUCGGGGCUUAAGGCAGGCCCCUGUCAGUCAGCCCUCAUGUGAAAGACAACUAGAAAUAGUCAAAGUGACAUUUAAACCAGAAGUGACACAUACGGCAACGGUGUAGCUACAAAAGCUCUUAGCAGCCUAUAUUUGUAAGGAAGACCAGACGACAAAUGUUUCAUUAACACCUGUUUGCUUAAUGUAUUUUAUGUGCUGCUUUUUUACUCAAAUAAUGAUAAUGCUGAAACUUUAUCAAACUGAAUCAUUCUGAGGUGUAUGCAUUAAGAGUAGAGGACCCUGUACAUGUGUGCAGACCGUGCUUUGGUUAAUGAACAGAGAUCUGCAUAUCAGUUGUAACACCCAGGAAUGAAGCAGCGUCAUAGAGUUGACCACCCUUUAUCAUCUGUAACCUUUUUGUAGCAGUGUAGAACCUCAGUCUGUAGAAUUUGUUAAGUUAGCUAAAUAUUUGUUCCCCUAACAUUUUUCCUUAGAUUUCCACGGAUUUAGUGUAAUCAGACAUGCAUUACCUUUGGAACCUUGCAAAACGAUGCGAGGUGUGCUUCGACCAGGCAAGUUUCAGGCUCUUGAUGGAGGCAGCUUUUAAUGCGACAUGUGUGAUAACUAGCUGUAGAAUUUUCAUUCCUGGAAGGGUUGCAUUUCCUAUCUUUGUGCUGCUUCUGCUGUGUAUUUCAAAGUGUAUGACCUGUACAUAGCUUGCACUCCCAGUUACAGUUCUCGGAAAAGAAAAUUUAUAUAGACCAUGCAGAUAACAGCAUACGGCAAUGUUUUCAUUGUUCGCAAGAAGCCAAGCUUCAGACAAAAGUUCGCUCUGUAUUUUCUGUUGCCAUUUCUUUCACGGCUGCUUUAAUUUUUUCAUGCUGUGUGGUUCCAGUGCACUGCACAGUGCAUGUAUGCAGAAAUUUUUGACUUUGGGGGCUGUUUCUUGGCAGUGCAAAGCAAAUUUCAAGUGAAGCUGCGCUUGAGGGUGAAAUUGUGUGUACCUUUAACCUUUACUUUGUAAUUAUUCUUUCAUUUUGCCAUUUUAUCCAUUAAAGGAGCCCUGAACCACUUUUCUUUCAAGCCUCAAAAACACCUUGAGAGCGAGAGAGAGAAAGAGAAGGGAGGAUGAAAAGGCAGGGAGGUUAACCAGACUGGGUCUAGUUUGCUACCCUACAUGUGGGGAGGGAGAUGGGGGAGUGAAAGAGAGAGCGAGAAAAUGGGAGUCUAUAUAGCACUUUCACAUGCACAAAGUUAGGUGCAGGAUGUCUACAGUCGGGCACUCAAGCUUGUUGCCUUCAGGCAGGGAAGAAGAGCUCGAAUUGCUUUCUGGGUUAAUGAACUGUGAGGCCAGGCUCCCAAGAUCUUUGCUUCUAUGAAUGGCCUAUCGUCCAGUCUAUUCAAGGCACACUGAAGAGUGUGACGUUGGUUAACCACCUUGGAAUAAGUAUGGUGCCUCCCUGGAAUAUAUUAACAAAAUAAUUUUUUUGAAAAGACCUAGUACGAGCACAGAUACUUUGAGUGCAAUACUCAUCUUCCUCAUUCCCCUUCAGCGACAUCCAUUCUGAAGGAGUGGGGUGGUGCCAUCUGUGGCGCCCUGCAGUGGCCGAGAUAUUUACGCUGUGUAGCAGAUGCAGGCGCUGUCUCUGCAUGCAACUGUGGUGCACGGCAGGGGUGGAGUGCCCGCUCGUGCUUGUGUACUCCAGUCUGGCCAUGCUAUGUGGUGCAGACAGACUUUGCCUUGCACAGAUAGUAGGCAAAUCCAGAUUGCACAUAUUGAAACACUGUCGAUUGCUCAAUACAAAACACGUCUAGCCAGGAGUAGCCGGGAGCGAGCGCGCGCUAUCGUGCGACCGUUGUAGAUGCUAACCACCCUUCUCAUGAGGUACAGCUGGGUAAUUACGUGUGGUCUGGGGCUUCAGGCUUGUGUCAUUGGAGGCUAGUUUGGUGUUCAAGACGAAUCGCAAUUAGCGAGAUCCAAUGGAUAUGACACCAAUAAGCAGUAUGGGAAAAGUGUCAUAUUCCUGCAUGACAACAAUGACACGACUACAUGCAAGUUGCCGGCAGCUUCAAAACAGGUGAGAAGGCCUGCAUUUGAAAAGAGAGUGUUUGAGAAGGAGGUAACUUCGUGCUUCAUUUGGUAACAUCACAUUGCACUCAAAACUGCAAAAUUUCACUGAGAUGGUCACAGCAUGCUGUGCUAUCUGCAGAAUGUACGUUUUCACUGACAGAGGGGUGGUUUAAGGCCCCUUUAAAGGGUUCAUGCAGUGCCGUUUAUGACAUUUGUGAGUUGCAGGGCUAGGCAUUGAUGAAAAUAUUUUACUAAAGUAUCUGGAAUAAUCCUAAUAAGUAAAUAAUUGAAUAACCCAAUUUGUGAAUUUACGUACAGUUUAUGUACAUAUGGUACUGACACGUCUUUUGUACCUAAAUUGAAUUAAAACCAAACUGAAAUCUUGACAUAUUUAUUUGAUAUCAUAUCAGUGGCACCUUGCUCGAGUGAAUAUGGGUCUAGCAUAUAAAUCUCACGUUGACACCGUCAUAAGUCCAGCUGCAUUGAGGGUAUUACUUGUCCAUUUGUCUUGUGCAGUGGGCUUGGACGACUUUUACUUCGGGAAACAGGCAGCCACUGUCUUAUAUGCAUUUUAUGAUUGAGAAAAGUGGACUGGAAGACAGCGAUUUCCGUAGCUCAAUUGGUAGAGCAUCACAUUUGUAAUGCAGGAGACAUGGGAUCGCUUCCCACUGAUGGCAACUUGUCUUUCCAUCCUUGUUUCAUUCCUGUUUUCUUAUUACUUAAAUUAAACUUCUCCGACAUUUUCCUGA